CUGAGCUCGACUCGGCGCAGCUCAUUGAGAUCAAACGGAGCAGACGCUCGCCUCCGUCUCGGCCGUCGUCAGCCGCCUUGGGCCGAUGCCGUCGGGUACUGUAGCGACCGCCUGCAGCAGAAGCAGGCAGAACAACAACAGAGGCAAAGCAUACAACACAACGGGGUUUCCGGUCCAGGAGGCCCGAACAGCGGGCUCCAGCGCGGCUUUGCGAUUUCGCCUAACCUUAUCCCUACAUAACUGUAUGUACAACAGAUACGUAGUAUGUACCUAUGCUAUGAUAGUGGCCGGCGGGAAGCGCCGAGUACAGCUGACGGCGACCCCGUGGACAAGCCGCCGAGAUGUCCUCCGACUUUUCCAACCAGUGAGCUGGCAAGCUGCCGACUUUGCCUCCGAGCACUUUCGACCUUCGCUCUCCGUUAGGUGCGAUGGUGGAUGUGAUUUGCGAUUUUGGCGUGUUCGGGGCCAUGGUGAACGAUACCGGUACAGCGCUACAAGGCGUCGGGUAGCCUUGUUAGGACAGCCCCAUGAUCCUUGAAAAUCCGGGGUUGGCGCCAUGGAAGCUUGCCGAGCCGGCCGGAAUCCACAUUUCGCCUUCGCCUGCGUCAGAUUUUGGAGGAGUCAACAACAAGAGCGUUGCUCGCAGCUCACGGGGCCUGCAGAAAAAAAUUUUUUUUCUCCUGAACAGGUCAAUUGCCAACGCAAGCCGAGUAAAGCCAAGAAAGGAGCAGGCUCAGAAGAUUCUACGAUGCACAGCCAGCAGCCGCUUUCGACAUC